AGAUGGCAGCAGGGGAGACUCAGCUCUACGCAAAGGUCUCCAACAAGCACAAGGGCCGCAGCACCCCCUCGCUCCUGGACCCCCUCCUGGGAAUGGGCUUCCCAGCACACACUGCGCUAAAGGCCCUGGCAGCCACUGGAAGAAAGACAGCGGAAGAGGCAUCCAAUUGGCUGCGUUGUCAUCGUGAUGACCCUUCUCUGGAUGAUCCCAUCCCCCAGGAGUACGCCCUUUUCCUCUGCCCCACGGGGUCCCUGCUGGAAAGACUGCAGGGGUUUUGGAGAGAGAGCAAGAGUCAGUGCACAAAGAACCGAGCCCAUGAGGUCUUCCCUCACAUAACGCUCUGUGACUUCUUCACGUGUGAAGACCACAAGGUGGAAUGUCUGUAUGAGGCUCUAAAGAGAGCUGGGGACAGGAUCCUGGGCUCCUUCCCCUCGGUCGUCCCUCUGGUUCUCCACUCCUCCAUCAGCUACCUGGGCUUCUUCGUGAACGACAGCCCUGCAGACGUCAUCCGGGAGUUUGCCAUAAUGUUCGCUACAGAAGCCUCUGUCUUAGCAGACUGCACCGUGAAGCCUUGCACCAAGCAGCUGCAUCUGACCUUGGCCCACAAGUUCUACCCCCACCACCAGAGGACACUAGAGCAGCUGGCCAGAGCCAUCCGCCCGGGCCACAGCUGCCAGUGGACCGCAGUGCUCUACUCCCGAGACAUGCGCUUCGUGCACUACCAGACCCUCAGGGCCCUCUUCCAGUACAAACCUCAGAACGUGGACGAGCUUACACUAAGUCCUGGCGACUACAUCUUCGUGGACCCCACUCAGCAGGAGGAAGCCAGCGAGGGCUGGGUGAUUGGGAUCUCCCAGCGGACAGGCUGCCGAGGCUUCCUACCUGAGAACUACACGGAGCAAGCCAGCGAGUCUGAUACCUGGGUUAAGCACAGGUGA